GCCAUUACAACAACACAUCCCAACCGCUACAUAUGUUCCCUUCCUCAGCAACUCCUUUGUCUCCUCACUCUUCCAUCCAUCCUCAUUCUGCACUCUCCACCAUAAUGAAUGACUUCACCACCUUCCUCCACCUCCAACACAAACAAAAACCCCUCAUGCAACCCUUCAACUACCAAUAUCUCACUUCCAUCAAAACCCUAACACCUCAUAUCACUUGUCUCGCAGUCCACCGUAACCUUCUCUACGCCGCAUCUCUUAACCUCAUCAACGUCUUCGAUCUCUCCUCCAAUUACACCCUCAUCGACACCUUCAACGAAACCUCCACUUCAGGUUUCGUAAAAUCCAUCACGUUUACCGGUUCAAGAGUCUUCACUGCUCACCAAGACUGUAAAAUUCGAAUCUGGCAUAUUACAUCUUCAAAACAGCACUGUCUUGUUUCCUCACUUCCCACCGUUAAAGACCGGUUGCGCCGCUGCAUCGUGCCUAAAAACUACGUGACUGUUCGACGUCACCGGAAGAGUCUUUGGAUCAAACAUAAUGAUACGGUGUCUGGUUUAGCAGUAAACGAGAAAGAGAAACUCAUGUAUUCUGUUUCUUGGGAUAAAAGUUUCAAGAUAUGGGACUUGUCUUCCGGUUAUUACCGGUGUUUGGAGUCUUUUCACGCGCACGAUGACGCCAUUAACGCUGUUGUUGUUUCGGAGGACGGUACUGUUUACACGGCUUCGGCUGAUGGGAGCAUCAAGGCUUGGAAGAUGGAUAAUAAGGUGAAACGGUAUUCUUUUGUGAGUGUAGGGAAGCAGAAACCAACUGUUAAUGCGUUGGCGAUGAACGGCGAUGGGAAGGUUUUAUUUUCCGGCGGGAGUGACGGGACGAUAUGCCGGUGGGAGAAUAAUAAUAAGAAGAAGUGUGAGGAAAACAAGAACGUGGUGUUGAUGGAAACGUUGAGGGGUCAUAGUGGGGCGAUACUAUGUUUGGUGAACGUGAAUGAAUUGUUGAUGAGUGGGUCAGCGGAUCAUACGGUGAGGAUUUGGUGGAGGGAAAGAAGAGAUGGUGGUUAUUGUUGUAGGGGAGUGUUGGAAGGACAUGAAAAACCGGUGAAGUCGUUAGUAGUAACUUCGGGUGGUGGUGAAGAGGAUGAUGGGGUGGUUAAGCUGUUUAGUGGAAGCCUUGACGGGGAGAUUAGAGUGUGGGAGUGUUUGGUUUGAUUUGAAACUUUAUCAAUUACUAAAUCAAGAUCUUAACUAGCUAAGUUGAAACUAAUACUAACAUGAUUGAUGGUUUUAAAUAAGGGUCACCGUGACGUGACGGUUGCGAUUUUGUCGGCAAUGGUGGUGUAACAAUAUGAUUUAUGUCCGUGCUUCCCGUUAUCAUAAGAGCAUGAGAUCAAAUUUCAAAACUGAUUUGUGGCUAAGCCUUGUUCAUCAUCACUAGGACUAGAACCAUAGUUGCAAUAAGUAAAACAAAAAUAAUUGUAUAUGCAAGUAUGUAUCUUCAUGGGUGAUAUUUUUAUACAAGCUUUAUUCGCUCUCUA